AUCCACAAUCAUGCAGAAAGGUGAAUUACAUCCGCAGGAGAGUCUGUGCCCUGGAGGGUUCUUCAGUAAACAUUUUAGGCAUCUACUCCCUCCCCAAAUACUAUACAGGCUCGUGGUAUAGAAUAUUGAGAAGUGUGGAGGAGGGGGGAGAUGCUUUAGCCCCCGUUGAGGCUGUGGCAAGGGAGACCACCACAAGCAAGGGAGGCCACCACACGCUCAGAAUGAAUGACCUGAAGGGGAAUGACUCGGGAACAUACAUGUUACUUUAUCACAUACCUAAUGAGGACUCUAAGCUGUCUGAUUUAAUGGGCGUGAUGUUGGUUGUCACAGGUCUGAAAGUGACCAUGUUUCCGUCUGCAGACGUGACCGAGGGUCAGAGAGUAACACUCACCUGCAGUACCAGCUGUCCUCUGAUGGACAACACUUCCUACAUUUGGUACUUCAACAGUCAGCCUCUGAACGGGUCGGAGAACCAAAACAAACACUUGGAUCUAGACCCUGUGAGCAGUCUGCAUGCAGGAAACUACUCCUGUGCUGUCACAACUCCCUCAUAUGUUCGCUCACUUGAGGAGGCUCUCACCGUCGAAGAUCUAGCACAUGCUGUGGGAAUACUGAAUAUUCUGAAAGUGGUUGUUUUAUUUCUGAUCCCAUCUCUUUUUGUUACACUCCACUUCAUGAUGAGGUAA